GACAACUCGGACAACUCUCGCAACCCACUGGGUCAAGCCUUUUCUCAUGUGAUUCACAUGUUGCAGGGCCCUUUGGCACGGGGAGACCAGAGGCUUGCUGUCAUCGGGGGGUUUUGUGUUCAGCACUACCUAGGCAAUCAUGACCGAGAAACCAAUGACCUGGAUCUGAUGAUCGAUCUCGAUUGCCCAACCGAUGAAAUCAAGAUAGACCUUGUCGAAGCUGAUCCAGAGAAAUUUCAACUUCGUGCCGACAUUCUGUACUACUGUUCCAGUACUCGCUUGGUCCAAGUGGAUCUGAUCUCCCACCAGAUUGCGCUUCCCUACUAUCGUCGCAUGCUCGCUAAUCCUCUCUGUGAGGGUCUCCCCGCAGAAGCGAUAAGGAUCGGGAACACCCAGGUGGAGCAUCCGCCUUUCCUCUCUGUGAAGGAUAUGGUUGCAAUAAAAGUAUACUAUUGCGGGACGCGUUCUACCAAAGAGAAAAACGAUCAGGAUGCUCGGGAUGCGUGGGAGCUGGCCGCCAGACUACCCAGGGGUGUUACUUGGGAGCCAUGGCAGCAUGAUGCUUUCCGGGCAGGACUGGAUGAUGCUGUCUACUUCUCCCGUAGGACAAGGAAUGCCUGG